AUGCAGUGCUAUACAGAGCUUUUGCCUCCAACGGGGGUCACCCAUGCACUUGCACUUCCUUUUCUAUCAGCCACAGCUAGCAAUUUGAUUGUGGUGCGAUCGUCCCUGCUGCAGGUGUUUUCCCUGGUCAAACCUUUAUCGAAGGGCGCCGAGACCCACUUGGCACCUUUCCAUUCAUCUGGUCCGAAACUGGUCUUGGAAAAAGAGUACGCUCUGCCGGGAACUGUUACAGACGUGAGUCGAGUGAAGAUUUUGCAUUCUAAGAGUGGUGGAGAGGCCAUCCUCUUGGCCGUUCGAAAUGCCAAGCUCAGCCUGAUUGAAUGGGACCCCAAGCGCCAUAAUCUUUCCACAGUUUCUAUCCACUACUAUGAAAGAGACGAUCUGACUCGAAGCCCCUGGGUACCGGACUUGAGCCGGUGUGGAAGUAUACUAAGCGUGGACCCAAGCAGUCGAUGUGCAGUCUUCAACUUCGGUGUUCGUAACUUGGCCAUCUUGCCUUUCCACCAGGCAGGGGAUGACCUUGUCAUGGAUGGCUAUGACUCUGAGCUGGAUGGUGAACUGCGUGCUCAAGCAUCGGAUGGAGCAACAGGGCUGGAGAAGAGCAAGGAACGCUCUGCACAUCCCACUCCUUAUGCCGCUUCAUUUGUUCUACCUUUGACAGCUCUUGACCCCUCAUUGUUGCACCCUGUCAGUCUGCAAUUUCUCUACGAAUACAGAGAACCAACAUUUGGCAUCUUAUAUUCUCAAAUUGCAAACUCCAACGCCCUUGUUCACGAAAGAAAAGAUGUGAUGUUUUACACCGUCUUCACGCUAGAUCUAGAGCAACGGGCGUCGACAACCCUCCUCUCAGUCUCCCGGCUUCCAAGCGACUUAUUCAAGGUUGUAGCACUGCCGCCUCCUGUAGGAGGGGCUUUGCUCAUCGGCUCCAAUGAAAUUGUGCAUGUGGACCAGGCGGGCAAAACAAGUGCAGUUGGGGUGAAUGAAUUCUCCCGCCAAGUUUCCUCCUUUUCUAUGAGUGAUCAAUCCGAUCUAGGCUUUCGCCUCGAGGGCUGCGUUGUGGAGCGACUGGGAGGUAGUAGUGGUGAUCUUCUUCUCGCGCUUGCCUCGGGUGAUUUGGCACUGAUAAAAUUCAAACUGGAUGGUCGUUCUGUGUCCGGGAUGUCGGUUCAUUCAUUGCCAGCUUCAGCAGGCGGCGGUAUUUUGAAAUCGGCUGCUUCAUGUUCUACCUGUUUCAAUGACGGCAAUGUCUUCAUCGGUAGCGAAGAUGCAGACUCGGUGCUUUUGGGGUGGUCUGACUCGGCUUCUAACAAAAAGACCAGAGUGGAAUCGAAGCAAAUUGAUGAUGGUCUCGAAGAUGUAUCGGAUGAGGAUCAAAUGGAAGAUGAUGGCUAUGAAGAUGACCUUUAUUCUUCAGUGCCCGAGCGAACUCAAACCAACGCACGCCCGAUUUCGGAGAACUCAACACCGGGAUUCUAUCAUCUCCAUCUAAAUGAUCGACUCUCCAGCAUCGGUCCUCUCCGAGAUAUUACCCUGGGCCAAGUUGUUCCGGCUUCGAACGAUUCAGGCCCAUCGGCUGGCGAAGGAGAUUCAGCCGAACUGGAAUUGGUUGCGUCUCAAGGUUCGGGCAAGAGUGGUGGUCUCGUUAUCAUUAACAGGGAACUUGAUCCCGUGACGACGAUGUCAAUGGAAAUUGAAGCUGCUGAUGGUGUCUGGUCUGCUACCAUGACCCAAGGCAAACCAGGCUCUUCCGUCAGUGAUUCCGAACGAGAUGAUACAUGCCAAUACGUGAUCGUCUCACGGCUCACUGGCACAGACAAAGAGGUAUCAGAGGUCUUCAUGGUGGAGGGAGCCACGUUAAACCCCCUCAAAACCCCAGACUUUAAUCCGAGUGAAGAUAUCACUAUUGACAUUGGGCUAUUAGCCAAGAAAUCUCGCCUUGUUCAGGUCUUGCGAAACGAAGUCAGAAUUUAUGACCGAGAUCUGGGACUAGCACAAAUUUAUCCCAUAUGGGACGAAGACACCGACGAGGAGCGUACUGCCGUGAGCGCAAGUUUUGCCGAUCCAUACCUAGCUAUCUUGCGGGAUGAUGCUUCGCUUUUACUGCUCCAGACAGAUGCUAGCGGCGAUCUUGACGAGGUGUCACUCUCAGAUGAAAUGAUCAAGUCAAAGUGGCAUUCGGGCUGUCUCUAUUUUGAUAAACACCAAUCGUUCAACGCCUUGAACUCAAACUCGAGUGGUACAGAAGGAAACGUGCUUCUUUUCUUGUUAAAUAAGGAAUAUAAGCUCUCGCUUCGAACAAACAAUGAUGACUUAGUCGUGUACAAGCCCGUCUUCAUUCCUUCCGAGGCUGGAAGCGAACAAUCAAAUGAACUUCAAUUUGUCCGAGAACCCCACCAUUCUCUUGCGAAGCUCUCCUCAAAUCAAUUACCCACAGAAGCAGAGAAGCCACUACGUGAAAGAUCAUUACGAGCUCUGCAGGAUGUGUCAGGACUUAGUGCUGUUUUUAUGCCCGGUGACUCCAGUAGGUUUAUCGUGAAAACUGCGCAAAGUCCACCGCAUGUAGUUCGCCUUCGUGGGGAAUUUACACGAUGGCUAAGUGGGUUUGAUUCACCGUCAACUGGUUGCGCAAAGGGCUUCAUAUAUGUGGAUUCUGAGCAUACCAUUCGAGCGGGUCAAAUCGCCCCGGAAACUCAGUUUGAUCAUUCAUGGAUCCUGCGCAAAGUCUCGUUGGGCGAACAAGUGGACUUCCUGACCUAUUCCACGGCAUCCGAGACAUAUGUUUUGAGCACCAGCUCUAACGUGGAGUUCAAUUUACCUGAAAAUGAUGAAUUACACCCCGAAUGGCGCAAUGAAGAAAAAUCCUUUCUACCUGAAGUUCCUCAGAGCUUCAUCAAAGUUAUAAGUCCAAAAACCUGGGAAGUGAUCGAUAGCUAUCCUUUGGAGCUCGCCGAACAUGUGACUGCGGUAAAAAAUGUGAAUUUAGAGGUGUCAGAGAACACACAUGAGCGCAAAGAUCUGAUCGUGGUGGGGACAGCGAUCACCAAGGGUGAGGAUAUUCCAGCUCGUGGCUGCAUCUAUGUAUUUGAGGUGAUUGAAGUGGUCCCCGAGCCCGGUAAGCCUGAGACGGGUCGCAAACUCAAGCUCGUUGGGAAAGAGGUUGUCAAAGGUGCAGUGACCGCCCUGUCUGGCGUUGGUGGUCAGGGCUUUGUGAUUGUGGCCCAAGGGCAGAAAUGCAUGGUGAGAGGCCUUAAAGAGGAUGGGAGCCUACUUCCCGUAGCUUUUAUGGAUAUGCAAUGCUAUGUCAAUGUUGCCAAAGAACUCAAAGGCACGGGCAUGUGCAUACUGGGCGAUGCAAUCAAGGGCCUUUGGUUUGCAGGCUAUUCGGAAGAACCGUACAAAAUGACGCUCUUCGGAAAAGAUCCCGAAUAUCUGGAAGUUGCGGCUGCAGAUUUUCUGCCGGAUGGAAACAAGCUCUAUAUGCUGGUAGCAGAUAGUGAUUGUAACCUGCACGUGUUGCAGUACGACCCUGAAGACCCGAAGUCGUCCAAUGGUGAUCGACUACUCAACAGGAGCAAAUUCUACACAGGCAACUUUGCCUCAACGGUUACCUUGCUUCCCCGCACAGCGGUCUCCUCUGAGCUUGUUGAGUCUGCAGAAGAUGAAAUGGACGUGGACCUGACGAUUUCGACUCACAAUGUCCUGAUUGCAUCUCAUAAUGGAUCUCUGGCUCUGGUGACGACCGUCGCCGAAGAAUGCUAUCGUCGGCUGUCUGCUCUGCAGUCACAAUUGACAAACACAAUUGAACAUCCCGGUGGACUGAACCCUCGAGCGUUCCGAGCCGUUGAAAGUGAUGGUGCUUCUGGCCGAGGAAUGGUUGAUGGAACGUUGCUUCGGCAGUGGCUGAGUUUGGGGAAACAGCGUCAGGCGGAUUUCGCGGCUCGGGUUGGGGCGACUGAGUGGGAGAUCCGGGCCGAUCUAGAAGCUAUCGGUGGAGACGGACUGGGGUACUUGUAG